CGAGCGCUUAAUAAGGUUUACGUUGCGUUCAAACGAAAUGGUAACGGAUACACUUUACGAACUUUUCUCGCACCUUGUAUAGUGCUUUAGGUAGAACGUUGCGUAACAUACGAAAUUCAAAGGUUGGUGGCCGAUCGGCUCACGUCACUUUCAAAGAUCAUCGUCCGAUAUUUAUGUAACUCCGAAGCGACCCACAUGAUCGUAACACCUGCGGGCGAAUAAUCAGUGAAAGAGGACAGGCGGGAGCGGACGGGAAUUCGAGAAGUCCGAUUGCGGUAAGUAGAAAGCACCUUCUCGACGUUUGCAUCGAAUUCGAUUGGUUGGCGCUUUGCGUGGGAUUUCUAGGCUCUCUUUUGUAAUACGGAUCCCCGUGUCUAGUUACUCUUCGGCGUCUCUUCCAAAUCCAAAGUUCUCUUUCUCGAACGUUCCCUUGACUUUCGUCUGCAACAUUUUUAUUGCCUGAAAUCGACAGAGCAUUGGCGAAGUCGCUGCACGAACGACUCUUCUUUCAUUGACGAUUUUUAUGCGUUGAAAUUAUGUAGGUAUGAAAAACAACACGAACGAAUCCCGGUGAAAGAGGACAAAAGAGGGGCCGACUUGUGUGUAUCAUGCUUACGUGAAAUAGAAAGGAAUCGGUGGGCAAAAAUACUGCGUCAAGAUUCUGAAACGUGAUUGGUCGAUCCUCGGCGUGGGAUCUUACAGUCACCCUUAUAGAUCGGUGGAUCGCACCGACCCGUUCUGCAGUACGUUGAUCACGAAGAUCGCACCAGACAUCGUUCGCAGAGCAGAGCUGAAAAUUGACAAAUAUGAUAGCAAGCAUAGCUAUCUUCGGACUUUUUUGUCUCGUUCCUUCCGAAGGGGUGAACUUUUUGAGAGUGAAACGUCAAAAUGUCCCGGAGCAAGGUGAACACGUGAUAGAUAACAUCUUUAACAUUCCGAUCACGGCGAUCAAACAAACCGCUACCGCUGCUCAGUCGUUUAGCCCGGAAAAUUCUCCAGCCAUUGACAGUGUUUUUCAGAUUCCUAUAUCGACUCUCGAGGCGGUUGGAAAUCUCGUAAAAGCGACGUCUGGACAAAGAACUCAGAAUUCCGAAGAGCUACAACGGAUACGAGAAGAAAGAAGAGACAAAAUUCUGGCUCAAAGGGAAAGACAAAGAUUGCAAAGGGAUCAAAUUCAACGGCAACGUCUUCAACGACAACAGAACAAGAGAACCAUCAUGCUUCACAAUAAAGACCCGUUCGGACUGAACGCCUUAUCGAAUCUUCUAGUUGGUAAUCAUGGUUUUUUAGAUCUUUUUGGUGGGCAUGGUGGUCAUGUCGGACACGGGGUUCACAGUGGGCAGACUGAUCACGGUGGUAAUGGACACCAAGGCAUCCAUGGAAGCCACGGUAGUUUGACGGGUAGUAACCAAAACACUUACGAAGUCCACGAGAACGUGGAAGAAGACACUGGCUAUGCGUGGCACGGAAUCACAGCUGGAAUCGGAACAGUUUAUGGUUCCCGGCCCACCAACGCGUUUACGAUACAGAACAAGAUCGCCCCAAAAGAGGACAAGCCAAAUAAAUAUACUUACGACGAUUCACAAAUACAGAAUAAAAUUGCACCGGUAACAAACUUCAGGGAUAGGUUCAGAUACGAGGAAGAACCUCCGCUGCAGAAUAAAAUUGCACCGAAGAGCAACAGGAUCGCGUUUCAGUCUUGAGGAACAAGAUAAAGAAAAGCUAUAAAGCCUAAGUGAUAGAUCUCGUUAUAUCCCAGUUGCGUCGAUGUUAGACGAUAUACAUUUCAUCAGUAUCAAUAACGAUGAACGGAUAAUUGAGUAUAAUUAACUCUGGGAGAUUAUAAAUUACUGAUUUACGACUGUAGAUUACAAAUAUGUCAGUAAUCGUUAAAGUAGUUAGUAUUACAAUGUAAUCGCUAGAAUCCGAUGAGUAAACUUUUUUUUAGAAAAUUGCGAAAAUUUAAAACUGAAGCAAAGCAAGUCGUCAAGUAACGAUUCUAUUAUUUAAAUAAUAUAAGUAGAAUAUUGUAGUGUACGUGACGUAUUGAAUGUUCGCAAAAACUCAUUCGAUUGCGUAUCUCUGUAUCUACCUUUGUACAAACAUUGAGAAAAAUUCCGUGAUUACAGGAAACGUAAAUGACAUGAGCGUUUCUCCGUCACAAUAAACAUCCAUAUUUAAUAUAGCAAUGUAAUCCUCCGCUGCAUACGUAAAUAUAUUUUCUUUCCACACAAA